AUGGCUGGUCGUGUUACACCGGAGUCUAAAGGGCCUCUAACAACCAAUGUGGACAUCAUUGACGAGCUCUUCUACGUCACUAUGUGUAGGCAAGAUAGGCUGCAAAGGCAGUUGGCAGAGUACAUGGUAUUCGGACCGGCGUACAGUGUAUAG